AUGCUCACUGCUUUAUCAAAAGAUCCAAACAACCAUGUAAAAGACACAACAACAUGGACACUUGGAAGAAUAUUCGAGUUUCUUCAUAGGCCAACUAUGGAGACACAGAUUGUCACACCUUCUAACUGUCAACAUAUUAUAACAGUUCUUUUACAAAGCAUGAAGGAUGCUCCAAAUUUAGCUGAAAAAGCAUAUGGGGACCUUUACUUUCUGGCACAAGGAUACGAGGAUUGCCAUCAAUCGUCUCCUUUGACUACUUACUUUCAAGAAAUCGUGUGGUCUCUGUUAACAGUGACUCACAGAGAAGAUUCUUUAGAAUGCAGACUAAGAACAACUUCGUAUGAGAGAUUGAAUGAAGUUGUGAGAUGUUUGAAUGAUGAAAUAUCUCCCAUGGUUUUACAGUUUGUCCCUGUCAUCAUGUUGGAACUACACAAAACCCUUGGAGAACAGAAGCUUUCAUUUAAUGAAAGACAGAAAUAG